GGCAGGCAGGCAGGCAGGCGCUGGCUGCUCCGGCCGCGGGGGAGGAAGGACUUGGAGCUCGUUGCAAUCGGACGCUUAUGCUGCUCUGGACUUUCCUCCGAGCUAUGAAACCUACGUAGUGAAGCUUAGGCGUUUCUCUUGUUGGGCAUGUGAUGAGGAACAGAGUUUCACCCUUGAGUACUCGGAACCAGAGUCACAGCCGAGGACUCAUAGCCCAACCCUGACCACUGGAGAGCCCAUAACACGAUGAACAAAUUGAACUUCCAUAAUAACAGAGUCAUGCAAGACCGCCGGAGUGUGUGUAUUUUCCUUCCCAAUGAUGAAUCUCUGAACAUCAUCAUAAAUGUUAAAAUUCUGUGUCACCAGUUGCUGGUUCAGGUGUGUGAUCUACUCAGGCUAAAGGACUGUCAUCUAUUUGGACUAAGUGUUAUACAAAACAAUGAACAUGUGUAUAUGGAGUUGUCACAAAAGCUUUAUAAGUAUUGUCCUAAAGAAUGGAAGAAAGAGGCCAGCAAGGGUAUUGACCAAUUUGGACCUCCUAUGAUCAUCCAUUUCCGAGUACAAUAUUACGUAGAAAAUGGCAGAUUGAUCAGUGACAAAGCAGCAAGACACUAUUAUUACUGGCACCUGAGAAAACAAGUUCUCCAUUCUCAUUGUGUACUCCGAGAGGAGGCCUACUUCCUGCUGGCAGCCUUUGCCCUACAGGCUGAUCUUGGGAACUUCAAAAGGAAUAAGCACUGUGGAAAGUACUUUGAGCCAGAGGCUUACUUCCCACCUUGGGUUGUUUCCAAGCGGGGGAAAGAAUACAUUCUGAAACAUAUCCCCAAUAUGCACAAAGAUCAGUUUGCACUAACAGUGUCUGAGGCUCAUCUGAAGUAUAUCAAAGAGGCUGUCCGACUGGAUGAUGUGGCUGUUCAUUACUACCGGUUAUAUAAGGAUAAAAGGGAAAUUGAAGCAUCUCUGACCCUUGGACUGACCAUGCGGGGAAUACAGAUAUUUCAGAAUUUAGAUGAAGAGAAACAAUUACUUUAUGAUUUCCCUUGGACAAAUGUUGGAAAGCUGGUGUUUGUGGGUAAGAAAUUUGAGAUUUUGCCAGAUGGCUUGCCCUCAGCUCGAAAACUCAUAUAUUACACGGGGUGCCCCAUGCGCUCCAGACACCUCCUGCAGCUUCUGAGCAACAGCCACCGUCUCUAUAUGAACCUACAGCCAGUGCUACGCCACAUCCGAAAGCUGGAGGAAAAUGAAGAGAAGAAGCAGUACCGGGAGUCUUACAUCAGCGACAACCUGGACCUUGAUAUGGACCAGCUGGAAAAGCGGUCCAGGGCCAGUGGGAGCAGUGCAGGCAGUGUGAAGCAACACAAGCGCCUGUCCCGUCACUCUACUGCCAGCCAUAGCAGCUCCCACACCUCAGGCAUUGAGGCCGACACCAAGCCCCGGGACACAGGCCCAGAGGACAGCUACUCUGGCAGCGCCAUCCACCGCAAACUGAAAACCUGCAGCUCUAUGACCAGCCAUGGCAGCUCUCACACCUCAGGGGUAGAGAGUGGUGGCAAGGACAGACUGGAAGAGGACUCACAGGAUGAUGAAAUAGAGAUGUUGGUUGAUGACCCCAGGGACCUGGAGCAGAUGAAGGAAGACACUCUAGAAGUCAGCCCAGACAUGUGUAUCUACAUCACAGAGGACAUGCUUAUGUCCCGGAAACUGAAUGGGCAUUCGGGGUUAAUUGUGAAAGAAAUCGGUUCUUCCACCUCAAGCUCCUCAGAAACAGUUGUCAAACUUCGUGGCCAGAGUACAGAUUCUCUUCCACAGACUAUUUGUCGAAAGCCAAAGACCUCCACUGAUAGACACAGCUUGAGUCUCGAUGACAUCAGACUUUGUCAGAAAGACUUCUUGCGCAUUGCAGGUCUGUGUCAAGACACAGCUCAGAGCUACACCUUCGGAUGUGGCCAUGAACUGGAUGAGGAAGGCCUCUAUUGCAAUAGCUGCCUAGCUCAGCAGUGUAUUAACAUCCAAGAUGCUUUUCCAGUCAAAAGAACCAGCAAAUAUUUUUCUCUGGAUCUCACACAUGAUGAAGUUCCAGAAUUUGUUGUAUAAAAAUUACCUGCAUUGCAGCUAUACUGGAAACCUGCUGUCUACCAGAGGCUGUGAAAGCCAUGGGUUCUUUCUCUACUUACGUCGUGUGCCAUAUUUUCUUCACCCUAGACAUAGCUCUUUCUUCAAAACAAUUUGCAAUGGAAAUAAAAGCCUUGGGACAGUGCACUUUAAGUAUUACACGGAGGUAAUAAGAACCACAGAGAAUGCACAGCCAGAUAAGUGCCCAGAAGUUCAUUAAUCCUUUGGAAGGAAAUGUGCUUUACUUGUUACCGGCCUUCAGAAUAUUGAACUCUGUGUGUAUGUGUGUGUGCAUAGUGUGUGUGUGUGAGUGUUUUUAGGUUCAGUUACACAUAAUGUCUUUUUUAAUCAUGUGGAAGGUGUUUGCUGUAUUUGUAAAUUUUUUUAAUCACUCCCUCAUAAAAUGCUUAGUUUGAGGGAGAAGAUAGAAGAGAAUCUCUCUUUGAUGGAGAAACCAUUGCCUAGUAUAUAACCAUUGCCACCUCACAGGGGUGUUCCUAAAGCGAACACUAAAAAUGUGGUCAAAGUCAAGUGGUUCUAGCAAGCCAAAGAUAAUGUACAUAACCGAAGCGCAGCCCAGGGUCCAGAAGACGUGACUGAAGCAAUAAUCUGAAGACUGUGCAUGCUGCAAU